GCACAUGCGCAGUGCACCGCCGGCCUCUGAAGCGAUGCAAAGAUGGCGUCCUUAGUGGCUAUCUGCAAUGCACGUUUACUCAACUCUGUAGGACUGUCUUCUGGCCAUCGUCGGGCUUGGUCGCUGCUUGCCUCGGCUAGACAUGGAGAAACCUGUGCCACGGCGAUCUUGGGGAUACAACGGUGCAGGAUAGGGGGCGACUUUGGCUGUUUGAGACCUGAAAAUGCAGUGACAUUGAGACUCACAGGACUGAGGUCCCCCCAUGUUGUCAGCAGUAGUCACUCCUUCCACACCAGCUGCUCCUCAGCUAACAAACAGGACUUGUAUGAUGUUCUGGGGGUGCCUCGCACAGCCACUCAGAAAGAGAUCAAGAAAGCCUACUAUCAGAUGGCUAAGAAGUACCACCCAGACACCAACCAGGAUGACCCUCAGGCCAAGGAGAAGUUUGCCAAGCUGGCAGAAGCCUACGAGGUGCUGAGUGACGAGGUCAAGAGGAAGCAGUAUGACACAUACGGGGCGGCAGGCUUCGACCCCAGCCAGGCGGGAGGGGGGGCGGGGGGACAGCAGUACUGGAGGGCCGGGGGGGCCAGCGUCGACCCAGAGGAAAUGUUCAGGAAGAUCUUCGGGGAGUUCACAGGAGCGCAGGGUUUCGGAGACUUCAACAGCAUGUUUGAACAGAGGCCAGAGUUUGUGAUGGAGCUGACGUUCACCCAGGCAGCUAAGGGAGUGAACAAGGAGAUGACAGUGAACCUGGACGGUGCCUGUCAGAGAUGUGACGGUAAAGGUAGCGAGCCAGGAACCAAGGUCCAGCACUGUCACUACUGUAACGGCACCGGCAUGGAGUCUAUAAACACCGGUCCCUUCAUGAUGCGCUCAACGUGUCGACGCUGUGGUGGGCGGGGCUCCAUCGUGACCACGCCCUGUGUGAUGUGUCGCGGCUCGGGGCAGACCAAACAGAGACAGACCGUCACCGUGCCUGUACCCGCAGGAAUAGACAAUGGACAGACUGUACGAAUGCCAGUGGGGAAGAAGGAAAUCCACAUCACAUUUAGAGUCCAGAGGAGUCCAGUGUUCAGACGUGAUGGGAUCAACAUCCACUCUGAUGUCCACAUCUCUGUAGCCCAGGCUAUACUGGGGGGCUCUGCUAGAGCACAGGGACUCUACAACACCAUAGAUAUACAGAUCCCUCCAGGUUGCCAGGCCGACCAGAAGAUCCGUCUUCAGGGAAAGGGGAUCCAGAGGAUGAACAGCUAUAGUUAUGGAGAUCACUACGUUCACAUCAAGAUCAGAGUACCUAAGAAGUUAACCCGUCGACAGCGCUCCCUGCUGCUGAGUUAUGCAGAGGAGGAGACUGACGUGGAGGGGACUGUCAACGGAGUCACUGCUGCUGCCACAGGUGGGGGCAGGAGUGGUCAGAGCUCUGAGUCUGGGGCAGGACAGGGCAGAACAGAGGGGCAGGAGAAGAAGAAAGAAGAAGAAGAAGAAGAGGAGGGCGGCAUCCUUUCCAAAAUAAAGAAAAUGUUUAGCUGACAGCCACACCUCAGGUGAGAGAUCAACAGGACAAUAAUGGGAGAAGGUAAGCGACUGGCACUCCGUCCCGCUCACUCCCCUCCCUCACCUACCGCCUGGAUAGAGGGAGGUAGAGAAAUUGAGGGGUUUGGAUUUGUUGUAAGAUCAUCCAUUUAGACACGGAACGGGCCACCAAGAAAGCCAAGCCCUGCCACACACUGUUCAGUCCCAAAUGACACCGGUGUUGGGUUGAGGAACUAAAAACUUGUUUUAACUGGAGGGGAUUCAAAAUGGACGUCAGCAAGGAGGACAGGAGAAGAUUUGCAAAGAGAAGCGAAGACAAUAAUUUGAGAAAGCUUUUCACAAUGAGUGUGUUUCAGAUACACAAAUUCUGCACAGAUGAUCAGGACCUGUAUUCAGAGUAGGAGUGCUGAUCUAGGAUCAGUUCCCCGCUGUCCAUUCAUUUUAAUCUGAGGCAGAUUAAAUCUAUGAGACGCUUUAUGAAUACGGGCCCUGAUUUUACAAUGGCUGGUCUGGAGAAGUGUCUCAGGCACCACGUCCAUAAGAGAGUGUUUGUAUAAUCUGUGCAGAAUGUGUCUAGAACACACCCAUUGGCAUUAUGUUGUGGUCUAAUAAAGGCUGAUGCAUUUA